AUGACUUCAUUUAUGCAUCUUCAUAUAGGAGGAGCAGAUGUAAUGGUUGGAGAUAUCUUAUGGAAAUUAUAUAAAAAAGAAUAAAAGGACAAGAGGCCUCUAGUAAUUAUUUUAGAAAUUAUAAUUUGGGUGGAAAUCUGAUAUAUGAAUGUUUAGAAUCUAUUCGAAAGGAAAAUAGAUUAUGAAGAUCGAUCUUUAAUAAUUUCAUCAAUAAGGAGGAACUGAUCAGGUUUGCUAUAAAGAUAAACAGAGGAUUAUGGAAAGAAAAUAGAAAAAAUACAUUUAUAUUGUAUCCUUCCUCAUAAAUAUCAAAUAACUUUAUUGAAAGUUAUAAUGCAGUCUAUUCAACUCAUAUGAUGACUGAAUAUUAUAAUUCUGUUUUUGCAUUUGAUAAUUAAGCCAUCUAGAAUGAUAUUGAUAAUUAGACAGGAUUGGAUUAUGUUGAUUAUAAUUUAUUAAAUAAUAUAAUUGCUUAGGUUAUUAGCAUGUAUACAGGUAUAAGAGGACAUAAAAAUACUUAAUAAUAUGAUGUUUUCAAAUAUGUGUCCAUACCCUUCAUUUCAUUUCCUAACCCCAUCAAAUGGAUCAAAGGCAAAGGAUUAAAUAUAAAUGAAUUGUAAAUAAUCUAGUUUAUAGAAAAUUGUUUUUUGAAAUAAAUCAUUAUUUUAAUUUUAAUUUUCAACCAUAUGAAGUUUAAUUAAAUUAAAUUAAAUAAUUUUAAAGUAAAUUGA